ACAAGAAGAUCCUGGAACUCAUGUCCAACAUCAUCCAGCUGCUGACUGGAGAGGUUGCCAUAAGGACUCAUCAUGUUUCCAUCUAUUUUUCCUUGGACGAGUGGGACUAUAUAAAAGGAAACAAGGACCUUUAUGAGGAAGGGAUAAAGGAGGAGCCACAGAAGCUCCACCCACUGGAUGUAGAUUAUGAAGAUAAAAGAGAUAUUCCAGCUGAUCUGGGAGGAACAUUAUGUUGUAAUAAUGAGCCAAGCAAGAUUGGGGCUGAAGGAGCAGAAUUUUAUCACGAUGGAAAUUUCACAAACCCUGAAACUCCUCCAGUGGAACAGCCCCCACCAGCCAAUCGGAUUAAAGAGGAAGUGAAUUCAUGGGAAGGGGGAAACCAAUCAGAUUGCAGCAUUAAUCCAAUUACAGAACAGAUACAGGGAACAGAUACACCUACUCCUAUCAUGGGAUACAGCCUGAAUAAUCUCUCUGAUUUAAGAAUAAUUACAAUUAAACAGCCAAUACUGGGAACAUAUAUUUCUAUUCCUAUGUUGGGGUGCAGCCAAAGCAUGAAUUUACCUGCUAAUUAUGUAUCAAAUAAAGAGUCAAUUUCAUGGGAAGGGGGCAACCUUUCAGAAUACAGAAUGAUUUCAAUACCAGGAGCAGCUACAGUUGCUAAUGAUUCCAAACAAACAGUACAGGGAAAUCUCACAAACCCUCAAAUGUCUCCAGUGGAACAGCCCCCACCAAACAAUGGGGUUAAAGAGGAAGUGGCUUCAUGUGAAAAGGAAAACCAAUCAAAUUGCAGCAUUAAUCCAGUUACAGAACAGAUACAGGGAACAGAUAAACCUAAUCAUAUUAUGCAAUACAACUCCUUAAUGACGCAGGAUAAUAAAGAUGAUGAAGAUGCCGAUACCUCCCCACAUGAAUCUCGCGUAACAAAACAGAUUCUUCAAAAAAAAGACAUUGAUAAACAUCAAAGAAAUCAAAAACAACUUAAAUAUCAUCACAGAACUCGCACAGGAGAGAAACCAUUUCCUUGUUCUGAAUGCGGGAAAUGUUUUACCAGAUCAUCAUACCUUACUGUCCAUGAACGAACCCACACGGGAGAGAAACCUUAUUCAUGUUCUGAAUGUGGGAAAUGUUUCUCAACUCGUUUUAACCUUGCUCAUCAUCAAACUACUCACACAGGAAAUAAACCAUUUCCUUGUUCUGAAUGUGGGAAAUGUUUUAACAGAUCAUCAGACCUUAUUGCCCAUGAACGGACCCACACGGGAGAGAGACCCUAUUCUUGUUCUGAAUGUGGGAAAUAUUUUUUUAAACUAGUCCACCUUAAAUAUCAUCACAGAACCCACACAGGGGAGAAACCAUUCUCUUGUUCUGAAUGUGGGAAAUGUUUUACAUAUAAGAGUAGUCUUAAAACACAUUCCAAAAUGCACAAAGGGGGAGCAGAUUUUUGUAUCAAUGUAAAUAUCACAAACCUUGAAGGGAGGAACCAAUCAGAUUGCAGCAUUAAUUCACUUACAGAACAGACAGAGGGAACUGAUAAACCUACUCCUAUUGUGCACUACAACCCCUUAAUAAUGCAGGAUAAUAAAGAUGAUGAAAAUGCCAAUACAUCCCCAGAGGAAUCUUGCAUAACAAAACAGAUUCUUCAAAAAAGUGAAACCGGUAGACACCAAAGAACUCAAACACAACUUAAAUAUCAUCACAGAACUCACACAGGAGAGAAACCAUUUCCUUGUUCUGAAUGUGGGAAAUAUUUCUCGACUCAUCAGGUCCUUGUUCGUCAUCAAAAGAUUCACACUGGGGAGAAACCAUUUCUUUGUUCUGAAUGUGGGAAACGUUUUGCCAGAUCAUCAGACCUUUCUGUCCAUCGACGAACCCACACAGGAGAGAAACCAUUUCCUUGUUCUGAAUGCGGGAAAUGUUUUACCAGAUCAUCAUACCUUACUGUCCAUCAACGAACCCACACGGGAGAGAAACCUUAUUCUUGUUCUGAAUGUGGGAAAUGUUUCUCAACUCGUUUUAACCUUGCUCAUCAUCAAAUAACUCACACAGGAAAUAAACCAUUUCCUUGUUCUGAAUGUGGCAAAUGUUUUAACAGAUCAUCAGACCUUAUUGCCCAUCAACGGACCCACACGGGAGAGAAACCCUAUUCUUGUUCUGAAUGUGGGAAAUGUUUUUUUAAACUAGCCCACCUUAAUUAUCAUCACAGAACCCACAAAGGGGAGAAACCUUUCUCUUGUUCUGAAUGUGGGAAAUGUUUUACAAAAAAGAGUAGUCUCAAAACACAUUCCAAAAUGCACAUAGGAGGAGCAGAUUUUUGUAUCAAUGUAAAUAUCACAAAUCUUGAAGGGGGGAACCAAUCAGAUUGCAGCAUUAAUUCUCUUACAGAACAGACACAGGGAACUGAUAAACCUACUCCUAUUGUGCACUACAACCCCUUAAUAAUGCAGGAUAAUAAAGAUGAUGAAAAUGCCAAUACAUCCCCAGAGGAAUCUUGCAUAACAAAACAGAUUCUUUAAAAAAGUGAAACCUGUAGACACCAAAGAACUCAAACACAACUUAAAUAUCAUCACAGAACUCACACAGGAGAGAAACCAUUGUUUUGUUCUGAGUGUGGGAAACGUUUUGCCUCUUCAUCACAACUUACUGUCCAUCGACAAACCCACAGAGGAGAUAAACCUUAUUCUUGUUCUCGUUGUGGGAAAUGUUUUACCAGACCAUCAGAGCUUACUGUUCAUUGGAGAACCCACACAGGAGAGAAACCUUAUUCUUGUUCUGAAUGUGGAAAAUGUUUUUAAAGAGAAACUCAUAGUCUUGAAGCACACUGCACAAAGGAGGAAAAACAUAAGUUUGUUUUGAGUGGGUGAAAUGUUUUCACAAAUCAGGCGUAUGUUUUACACGGAUUAUAUGUUAAUUUUCAUUUUAGUAUGAGAAGAGGAGAAUAGUGAAUUGGUGGAAGUACAGUAUUUCCUUUGCAGUGGACAGAAGGCUUUAAUUACCUUGGGGUAAUGUUUCUAAUGAAUAUAGUAAAUACCCUGAGCUGAAUCUGGAUCCAUUGGCACAUUGCUUUAUUAGUAUAGGGGAUACCCAGUUGAAGCUACCGCUAUCUAUAUGGGACUGGGUUCAUUUAUUUAACAUGAUCGAUCAGAUUUAUUUUUAAUGUUCCAGACAAUAAAAAAUGGGAAGGAUAAAUGACUUCAUUUCUCUGGGCAGAGUCUCAGCUAAGAUGCUUUUUCUCACUGAAUGAAUAAAUCUGGUCCAUUUUGUGAA